UUAGCCCGGAAACAAUUGACCAACUCGACCUUUCCAUGUUAAGAGGGUUUCCGAGAAGGACUACUUGGGGCUUCCUGCAAAUUUAACAAAUUGAAUACUUAAGCUUGGCGUUCUAAUUGAACCGGAACUAGGAGCCGGUCUUAAUUCAGACGAACCAAACUUAAUACAGUUUGGUUCUAAUCGCUUUUAGCCGUUAGCAUUAGCGUGCAAGCUGCCCUACACGUACAAUGUCAACGGCUCCCGAGUCCACCGCCGCUCCGUCGAAGUCCCUCCAGGCUUUUAAGGACUGCUGGGGCUGCAGGGCCGUCUCAGGCGGGGGUCUGAUUCUGUCUGCGGCUUAUGUGUUCCACGCAGCCAGGAAUGUAAUGAAGAAGGGAGCUCCUACCUCUAUGGGGACGGUGGCACAGCUCACGUUCGCUGCAAGUCUGGCUGCUUGGGGAGUGGUCGUCAUCACCGAUCCGGUUGGAAAAUCGCAUCGGAAGACCCCAUGAAUGAAGAGCUGCACAUUUUGACGAGACGGAACUCGCAUGUGGACAUCGAGAGCCUGGUCCCGAGCACCAGCAGAGAGAAGCAGAUUGCUGACUGGAAUGUCUUCUAUCGUUGAUUUAUAUUUUUUGGCUAUGUGAAUAGUCACUGUAUGGGAGCUUUGCAUUCGACACACAGAACAAUGAUUGGUCUUGUACUCCAGCAAGAUGAUGCUGUUUUGAAGCUCAGUUGGAGAUACAAGAAGUACAUGCAGAGUUUACUGUACUAAAACCGACAUAAAUGCACCAUUUGAUUGAAGUAUUACACAUACAAAAAGUGCUAAUGAUCUAAAUAGCUGUAUUUCCAAAGGCAAUAUAGACAGGAUUUGCAAUAGAUGUUGGUAACCAUCCAUUCAGUCCAUGAAAAGAAAUCAAACCAUUGUGGUCCAUAAAUUAUGUAAUAAAAUGAAAUGUCAGGGAAAGGUGCUUUUUAAAGCUUAUUAAAAUGUAUUUAAACUUGAUAUGAAAGCCUCUGUUGGAAACACCCUAUGGAGAAACUAGUCAUGUGCAUUGCUAAUUUCUUCCACACUGGCCAUACAUUUUCAGCUGCAUUUCAUUUUUCAUGGAACCUUGUUUGUUGUCUUGGCCCUUUGGCUUAAAGGUCUUGCUGAAACGGCCAUCUCCAUCACUCCAGAAGAAAAGAAAAUUCUUGUUUGUGCAUUAAUCCUUCCUUCAAUUACAUUCCCUACGAUAAUACACCUACUUCCAAGAUUCA